AUGUCACAUAUGUGUGUCAACUACAAAGACAAGGGAUUUCUUUCCACAAAAUCAGUUUGUGAAUCCCACGACGGAUACUCAUGGUAUAAAAACACUACACUAUGCUACAAAUUCAACCUGGAGCCGACAAUUCGACAAGAGGGUAAACAAAUGUGUGAACAUGAUGGCGGUCGCCUUGUCAAGAUUGACAGUCAGAAGAAACAGCAGAGCAUUGUGGACAUGAUUGUGUCAACUCCAGAGCUUGCCAGCGUCGAUCAUUUCUGGAUUGGAGCUGACGACUCCCAGGAAGAAGGUGUGUGGCGAUGGACAGAUGGAUCUCUCGUAGAAUUCUCUAACUGGAGGGCUGGACGACCAAACGCGGGAAGAGUGGACGAAGAUUACGCUGCGAUGGAGAAGGCAUCUUCCUACUCGUGGAACGACUUCAGACCACAGAAAGAAUUUGUAUCACUCUGUGAGAUGGUGUUUUGA